AUGGUCGAGCUGAUCCCUCCUCCCGAUCCACAUACCUUACUACCACCCUUACUCGCCUGUCUACCUACAUCGUAUGCUUCGACACGACCUCCACCAGCGCUCUUGGACCUUUUAUCUCCGAUCCUCCGCCAGAGACUAGACGUCCACACAUCCCUCGGAAACCGCGAGAACUGGGCAGGGCUAUUAUGCUGGAACGCAGAGCAAGGCGAGGUUCUGAAGAGCAAGAUCGAAGAGACAGAAUUCGAGCCGCACCCGUCGUCCGGCGAGAUUGAAGUCGGAGAGCUCUCAGGGCGGAUAACAUACAGAAGAUUCGACGACGAGACGCUUCAAGCACGGAUCCCGCUGGCCGAUUGGCCAUUCACCGCAGUAUACCUAUGGUGUCCUGAAAGCGGACAGAAACAGAACAACGGAGCCGGAGCCCCUUCCUCGUCUCUGUGGAAACUAGCCGAACUGUUACCCGCUGAUAACUCACAACUGCAUAACAAUAUCGAGUCUUCUUCAUGGUCAACGUCAAUAGGAGAAGCCAACGACUCGGCGCGCGAGAGGCUGGUCACCGAAGCCCUACAAGAAGCCGAUGCUGCCAAUGCCCGCGCCGCCGCCACCUUUAACCAUCAUCAGAGAACCCUGCUCAGUCCGCCCAUGCCACAUGGCACAGACAACAACGACAACGACAAUGACGAAGACGAUGACUAUUGGGCUAUGUACGACAAGACUCCAGGCCGGACGCCCGCUCGAAAGGCAUCCGUCGAGCCGCCCCGUCACAGCAACGACGACGACUACUACGCCCGCUAUGGCGACGUUCAACCCGCCUUGGAUAACCAUGACCCCGACGAAGAAAUGGAGAUCGACAAUUCGAAAGAUCCUGCAGAUACCACAUCGUCCACCUUGACCGGAAACACAUUACACUUACAGCAAUUUCUCUCCCAUGGUCUAAACGGCCACACAAGCACUGACCCCCUCCCGCCUCCGUCUCCGCCUCUGGACGGCGAUCCUCCACCAUACCAGGACCAAGGCAGCUCUGAUGAACAUGAGGGUCUUGACGCCGCUCCGCCUGCCAGUGGUGAAAAAGAAAUCCCCGUCAGCCACCCGGUGCCUUCGUCGCCGUCGUCACGAGGAUCCGAGACGGUCGCGCGUCUCGAAGAGCAUGCGGAACGAUACACGGCCUCGGAGAUCGGGAUCCGGCAGCACAUCAGCACCAGUCUGAAAUCCAUGUAUCGGCUGGCCCGGAGUGCGGGCAUGGACCGGGACGAGUUUGAGCGCAUCGUCCAGCGGGAGUUGGAAACCUUGAGCAUUUUUGAUAGGGACGGUUAA